CCAGAUGUCGACAUUUAAACCAAGAUGAGGGGGGGUCUUAAGUUGUCGGAACUUUCGAACACCGGUAUCGGCCAAUCGGAUGUAGUUUCCAGCUUAUCGGGUUGGGCAAUUAUAUCUGGCGUUCCAAUAAGAUCUACAGAAUCGAACAAGUCACUUUCUGGCACGAUCCAAAUGGGGACUUGGUGGAGGGAAUCAAGAAUAUAAAAAUGAGCUAAAUAUCGAUAGUAUAGAGGAAAGCCUACUGAUUUUGGAUAUCACAAUAGGGGUAAUACUUAGACAUUUACGAAAGCAGAAGGGCAUCUCUCAGGUCACCUUGUACAGCAUGUUUACAAGUAUUUUUCAGCAAUUUGUAGUUGGCAGGUGUAUUGCUUUUUGCGGAACGGGACGGGAAGAAGCACGUUUAAUAAAGACACAUAGCAACGACGGAACCACGGAUGAACGCCUUCCGGU